ACAAUAUCAAAAUGGAGCACACCCAUGUUGGACGACCAAAACUUACACGACGUCAAAACAUAGCUAAGUCUAUCACCGGCAAAAUGACACGUUAAUGCUUUUUAUUCUACGUCGACGUGUAUUUAAUACACGUCAACUAAACACCGAUUAACAUUUUGUAUUCGUCGAGAUAAACAAACGCCGGUUAAACGGGUUUAUCCCCCCCCUCAAAGGAGCGAAGAGAAACUCCGCGUUAGUUCGUACGCGUGAGCUGGAAAGUAAGGUAACGUUAGCUAGGUAGGCUAAUGUUUAGCUUUAAUCGGGGGAGGUGCGCACUUUUCCGCAACAGUUCAGAUGGCUGUACGCUGGCUAUGCAGGGGGUGGUUAUCCAUCUGGAUGCCACUUUGCUCCACGACCCGCCCUGCUGUGGCCGAUGGAAACAGACAUCCGUAGAGAUGUGCGCGCAUGUAUUCGGAGUUUUAAAAAGCCUGUUUGGGAAGCCCUUUGAUGGUGGGAAGAGGAUGGACCAUGGCGGCCCACAGCAGCAGCAACAUCCCAUGGAGCAGCAGCAGCAGCCAUACCACCCGCAGCACCCCGCCAUGAUGCGGCUGUACGAGGUCCAGAAGGAGGUGGCGUCCCUGGGCCCUCAGGUCUGCACCUUCAGCGGCCUGCAAAACGACCGCGACUACAAGCGGCUGGAGCGCGAGCUGACGCGGCUGCUGCUGGAGGUGGACCAGGUGGACACAGAGGGCAAGGCGGAGCUGCAGGGGGCGCGCAAGAGGGCAGCCCAGGAGGUGGAGGGCCUCCUGCGCUACCUGGAGGAGAACGCCACCCAUCCGUCCCGCAUGGCCAUCGAGGAGCUGAGCAACGAGGCGCGGCAGCUGGUGGACGACCGCGUGGUGGCGCCCCAGCGCUCGGGCGGCGCGGCGGAGAUCAACGACGAGCUCGUCGACGCCCUGCAGGAGAUCGUGCUGCGGUUGACCCAAGUCAAGACCGAGGGGCGGGUGCCGCUUCGCAAGGCGCGCUACCGGGCGCUGACCCGCAUGUGCGCCGUGCAGGACGUGAUCGAAGGGCGCACGCAGCAGCAGACCCUCUCCCUACCGCUGUCGGGGGACACCCACGAGGCCGUGCACCGCAUCAACCAGGUGAUGGUGAAGGUGAGCGUGGCGCGCAGUCAGCUGGUGGCCCUGCUGAUGGGCCUGAGCGGCCGGGACAGCUGCACCCACCUGUCCCGAAUCCUCACCGAGAUGCAGGUGGAGCUGGACGCUCUGGAUGUUUCCGGGAACGCGGCCAUCCGCAACUACAGGAAACAGGUCGUGGAGGAGAUAAACGGGCUGCUUAAACAUCUGGAUCUGGAGGUGGAAGGAGACGACACGCGCAGGUACGACUUGGGGCAGAACAACUCCAUCCGGGAGAUUGAGGCGGUGCGAGCUCACGUCUCCCACCUGCGAGACGGCGUCCUGCGGCACUGCAUCAUGGGGGAUCUGAGCUUCAGGCCCAAGGCCGAGCUGCAGAGCCUGCUCACUCACCUGGACCAGGUGGACACGGGCAGAAACCCGUGCAUCCGGGAGGCCCGCCGGCGCGCCGUGGUGGAGGUCCAGGCCAUCAUCACCUUCCUGGACCUGCGCGAGGCUCUGGCCCGCCGCCAGCCGGGCCCCAGCGAGCACCCGUCGCACCGGGCCGUGUGGCUGGUCCUGGGCAGCCUCUCGGACCUCCAGGCCCAGGCGCUGGGCUUCGACGGCAAGCGACUCGACAAGAGCUACAUGAUGCUCGAGGAGCUGCUGACCAAACAGCUGUUGGCGCUAGACGCCGUGGACCCGCAGGGCGACGAGACCACCAAGAUGGCGCGGAAGCAGGCCGUGAAGUUUGCCCAGAACAUUCUCAACUACCUGGACAUGAAGACGGACGAGUGGGAGUAUUGAUGCCAUGUUGCUAGACCGGCACGCCGGAUGGGACGUCGCUGCAGGAAAGAAAGGAGCUGAUAAUGUGUGUAAAUUUAAAAA